AUGUAUCUUGAUGUCGAAAAAGCUCCUCCUUCACCUUCCCUGCACAGUAAAAACCAGCUCGAGCUAGAUACCAGCUCCGCAACGGGUAGUGACACGCCACUCGAGAAGUCACCGCCGCAGCCGAGAUAUCAGAAAUGGAUAGCCAGUUUGAAAAGCGUGGAAACAGGCGGCAUUGAACGCAUUUCUCUCGAGGAUCGACAACCCGUGACAUCGUCAACAACGCUGCAUAUGUUUCUCAUGUGGUUCAGUAUGGUGCUGGCCACGAACAAUAUCAUUGUAGGGUCACUGGGGACAUAUGUGAUGGGCUUGAGCUUUCGAGAUGCGGCCAUUUGCGCCAUGCUAGGGAACCUGGUUGGGUUGUGCACGGCGGGAUAUAUGAGUACUUGGGGCCCAAGAAGUGGGAAUCGCACUUUGAUCGUGUCCCGGUAUUUCAUGGGUUAUUGGCCUAGCAAGAUCUGCUGUCUCCUGAACAUAUUGACUAAUAUCGGAUACUGCAUGCUCAACUGCACGGUUGGAGGCCAGAUUCUCUCCAAAGUUUCUGGCGAGACCAUCUCAGUAAUGGUUGGUAUAGUAAUUGUGGCGUUGACGAGUUGGGUUAUGGCCAUGUUUGGCAUGCGUGUCUUUGCGAUCUAUGAACGAUUCGCAUGGGUUCCCCAAAUAAUGGUUCUAUGCAUUAUGCUUGGCUCGGCAGGGCCGCAUUUCGACUUCAAUAUCAACAUCGAGUCUUCUCCAGAACAUCUAAGCGCCAAGCGUGUCACCUUCUUUUCACUUUGUGUGUCCGUCGGUCUUUCCUGGGCGCCACUGGCCGCAGACUACUAUGUCUACUACCCGCCGCAUGUGAAGCGAUGGAAAACCUUCUUGACAACUGUAACAGGCGGAGGACUCGCAAUGGGCUUCACGCUCCUUCUCGGAAACGGACUCGGAACUAUGUUGGCCAGCACACCGGCUUAUGUCAAAGAGUACGGCAACAAUCCCGGAGGUCUGCUAAUGAUGGCGUACGACGCGCUCGGUGGAUUUGGGAAAUUCUGCGCUGUGAUAAAUGUGUUGGCGCUCGUGGCUAAUAACACCCCCGGUGCAUAUUCGAUGGGUAUGAACUUCCAGAUGCUUGGUGGUGUUUUUCAGAAAGUGUCGCAGCCUAUAUUCACCACGCUUACUACUGUGGCUUAUACUGCGUGUGCUAUGGGUGGUCGAAACUCACUUUAUGAGAUUUUCAACAGUCUUCUUCCGCUGAUCGGAUACUGGGUGAUUAUCUGGUUUAUGAUUGUCAUUGAAGAGGAUAUCAUCUUUCGUCGGAUUAAAGGGUAUGACUGGACUGCUUGGAAUAGUCCAUGCGAAUUGCCAAUAGGAAUUGCGGCUGGAAUCGCCUUCUUAAUUGGAUGGGCUGGGGCAAUUAUUGGCAUGGACCAAUCUUAUUACUCUGGCAUUCUUGCGCAGGCCACUGGAGGUUCGGACUUGGGUAUCUGGAUGGGAGCAGCAUUUACGGUGGUCUCAUUUCCACCCUUGAGAGCGCUGGAACUGUGGUUUGUUAAGCGUUAG